AUGAAGUCUUUCACCGUCAUUGCCGUCACCCUUCUGGGUCUCGCCAAUGCUGCCAGCAUUCGCAUUUGCAAGGACCAGACCAUCACCAACUGUGUGACCAUGGAUGUCAACGGCUGCACCAACUUCCCUGGAAGCAUGAACGAUGCUGUCAGCUCUGUUGACACCGGCAGUGCCACCUGCACCUUCUACCAGGACGGCAGCUGCACUGGCGGCUCCUGGACCACUAGUGGACUGCAGAACACCGUUCCCACCAACUUCAACGACAACCUCAGCUCCGUCAGUUGUUGA